GCCUCAUUUCCAGGGGAGGAGGCUUUGGAGCAUAUAAAAGGCUCCCCAACCCAGGGGUCUUCAUUCGAUCAUCUCGACUUCUCCUCUCCUCCCUUCACUGCUCAGCAGGCUCCGCCUCCACUCCCAUCACCAAGAUGCCCAACGGAUGCUGCGGCGGCGGUGGAAGUUACUCCGUGUGCUGCUAUAGCAGCCCCAAGGGCUGCAAGAGGCCGAUGUGCUGCAGCCCCAUGCAGUGCUGCACCCCCUGCUGCACCCCCUGCUGCAGCCCCUGCUGCAUGCCCAUGCAGUCCUGCUGCAUGCCCAUGUCCUGCUGCUACACCAUCAGCAGCAACAACAGCGGCUGCUGCGGCGGCAGCGGCGGCGGCUGCUGCGGUGGCAACUGAACCCACCCGGCUCAUUCCGUCUUGGAUAUGGAUGGGGAUAUGGAUAACACCCCGAACGCUCUUCCCUCUGUGCUUAGACACCGUAGAACUUCUCCUCUUCUUCUCCUGCCUUCUCUCACCGCGUGCUCGUGAUGUGCCCUGAAGCCGCUGCCCAGCGAGUUUCCCACGGGAGCGCUGAUCCUGCUCUUCAUUUUCCUCCUGGUGUGUGGGAUUUUCACUCUUUUCGUCACUGUUUUGCUUCAAUCUGUCUGAAAAAAACCAAUAAAAUCUGUAGUUUGUGACCCUGCAA